AUGGAAAUUGCCAACGCAGUUAACCCCAACAGUACCGCUACUGGUGCAGUACCACGCAAUGGGCGUAUUACUGAAGGCGUCGGCGCAAGAGUAAUACGUGGUCUUGAUUGGAAAUGGGGCAAACAAGAUGGAGGAGAGGGUCAUGUAGGCACAGUACGAAACUUUGAAUCACCUGACGAAGUUGUUGUUGUAUGGGAUAAUGGGACAACUGCAAAUUAUCGCUGCUCUGGCCAAUAUGAUUUGAGGAUUUUGGAUAGUGCCCCUACUGGAAUCAAGCAUGAAGGCACUAUGUGCGAUACUUGUCGUCAACAACCUAUUUUUGGUAUUAGAUGGAAGUGUGCUGAAUGUGGCAACUACGAUUUGUGUUCGGUUUGUUAUCACGGAGACAAACAUCAUUUGAGGCACAGGUUUUAUCGUAUUACUACGCCAGGAGGGGAAAGGUUUUAUUUGGAACCUAGAAGGAAGACUAAAAAAAUUGCUAUUAGAGGUAUUUUUCCUAGUGCAAGAGUUGUGAGAGGGGUGGACUGGCAGUGGGAGGAUCAAGAUGGCGGUAACGGGCGACGUGGAAAAGUGCAAGAAAUCCAAGACUGGUCUGCCGCAAGUCCAAGAUCUGCUGCCUAUAUUGUGUGGGAUAAUGGGUCUAAAAAUUUCUAUCGAGUAGGGUUUGAAGGCAUGGCUGAUCUUAAAGUAGUCAACGAUGCUAAGGGCUUAAACGUUUACAGAGAUCAUUUGCCUUGUUUAGGUGAACAAGGGGCAAGUCCUCGUCCUGCAGGCUUAAAAAUAGGCGACCAAGUUAAUGUCGAUUUGGAACUUGAAAUUGUUCAAUCCUUGCAGCAUGGUCACGGAGGUUGGACUGAUGGGAUGUAUGAAUGUUUGAGUACUACAGGUACAGUUGUAGGAAUUGAUGAAGAUCACGAUAUUGUAGUUGCUUAUAACAGCGGUAACAGGUGGACUUUUAAUCCGGCAGUAUUGACAAAAGUAGCCACUCCACCUAAUUCAGCUGGAUUCAAUGAAACUCCUCAGCAACAAUUUGCUGUUGGUGACGUAGUCCAGAUUUGUUCAGAUGCUGAGCGAGUCAAAAUGUUGCAGCGUGGACAUGGUGAUUGGGCUGAUGGCAUGGCUGCCACCCUAGGCAAAGUGGGACAUGUGCAACAAAUCUACAAUGACAACGAUUUGACAGUUGAAGUUUGUAAUACUACUUGGACUUAUAAUCCUUUGGCUGUUACGAAAUUGGCCAGCAAAGAUGGCACCAUGCAUGGGACUACGUCAUGUGAACGCUUAAGUGCUUUAUUGAAAAAGCUUUUUGAAACUCAUGUGUCAGGAGAUGUCAAUGAGGAACUAGUUAAGUCAGCUGCCAGUGGAGAUGCUCAAAAAUGUGAAGAAGUCUUAAAACAAAGCAAUACAGCUGGAGCAGGGAUUGGUCCAGAUGUUAACGGAGUGUUUGCAGGUCAUACUGCUUUGCAAGCAGCUUCACAAAAUGGCCAUCUUGAAGUCAUUACAGUUUUGUUGAGAUGUCACGCAGAUGUUGAAAUAGAAGAUAAAGACGGUGACAGGGCUCUACACCAUGCGGCCUUUGGAGACGAACCUGCUGUGGUGCAACUCCUUGCUCACGCCGGAGCUGAUUUAAAUGCCCGCAACAAACGCAGACAAACAGCCUUGCAUAUCGGUGUCAACAAAGGACACGUUGGAGUAGUCAAAAUGUUACUAGACUUAGGAUGUCAUCCCAGUUUGCAAGACUUAGAAGGCGAUACGCCUUUGCAUGAUGCAAUUUCAAAAAAACGAGACGACAUGCUAACACUGUUAUUGGAUCAUAUUGCUGACAUUACUUUGACUAAUAAUAAUGGCUUUAAUGCUUUACAUCAUGCUGCAUUGCGAGGCAAUCCUAGUGCGAUGAAGAUUCUAUUGGCCAAACUACCUAGACCUUGGAUUGUAGACGAAAAAAAAGAUGACGGCUAUACUGCUUUACAUUUGGCCGCAUUGAACAAUCAUGUUGAAGUAGCUGAACAGUUGGUCUUACAUGGUAAAGCAGACAUGGAUUUACAAAAUGUCAAUUUACAAACUGCCUUGCAUUUGGCUGUAGAAAGACAACACAGACAAAUUGUGCGGUUGUUAGUAAGAGAGGGGGCCAACUUGAAUAUAGCCAACAAAGACGGAGACACUCCUUUGCAUGAGGCUUUGCGACACCACACCUUAAGUCAACUAAGACAAUUGCAAGAUGUACAAGACGUAGGCAAGUUACUAAUGGGCUUAGGCAUACAAGGCUCUGACAAAAAAUUCUCCGCUAGUAUUGCAUGUUUUCUAGCAGGCAACGGAGCUGAUCUUACAAUUAAAAAUAAAAAAGGCCAAACUCCUUUGGACUUAUGUCCUGAUCCUAAUUUAUGCAAAACCUUGACCAAAUGCCAUAAGGAAAAACGCAGUGGUGAAAUGGACAUGGGGCCUAAUCAAAACACCCAAAACACCACUUCAACCCUGGACGAAUGUCUGGUUUGUUCCGACUCCAAACGUGAUUUACUAUUACAGCCUUGUGGUCACGUGGCUUGUUGUUCAACUUGCGGGCCUCGCGUCAAAAAAUGUCUUAUAUGUCGCGAAUCAGUUACAGGCCGGGUUUUAAUUGAAGAAUGCCUGGUUUGUUCAGACAAAAAGUCGUCAGUUUUGUUUAGGCCUUGCGGGCACAUGUGCGCAUGCGACAGCUGCGCCCAAAUAAUGAAAAAGUGCGUCACUUGUCGCAGCCAAAUCGAACUUAUGGUGCCAAUGAUCGUGUGCAGUGGUGGUUUAGGGACAAUUUCUGAAGUCAAGGCCGAUGUUGAAGAGGAUUUAAAGCCUCAACAACCAACCACUAGUACUGAACAACAAGAAAUUUUAAUUAUGAAUAAUGGAGGUCGCGACACUACAAAUGUCAACGAUAUUCAGAAGUUGCAACAGCAGUUGCAAGAUAUCAAAGAGCAAACAAUGUGCCCGGUUUGUUUGGAUCGGUUGAAAAAUAUGAUUUUCUUAUGCGGACACGGGUUGUGUCAGAUGUGCGGAGAUCAGAUGGCCGAGUGUCCGAUUUGUAGGAAGGCUGUCGAAAAGAGAAUCUUGCUUUAUUAG